AGAGCCUCCAUUGGGGUCAUAAGGAGAGCCAGGCCCCUCCGCAGAAGGGCUCCUCACAGCAGAAGGGUGUGCCCCACUUCCUGUCCCAGGUCUUGGGCCUCCCCAGUGACCCCAUGCAGCCGUCCGUACCCUACGGCCCUCAGGCCUUCAUCAGGGACAUGGAGGAUUUACUCUUCCGUCCCUUGGUAUUGGAGGGCCUCACCUGCCACCGGGGCGAAUUGCAGCGCCUCCUGGUGGCCCCCGAGGGCCAGCGCCGGGUCCUGAAGGGCUACCAAGCAGCUGUCUGCAACCGGAGCACAGCCCUGCGCAAGGAGCAUUUUGGGAAGCUGGCGGUGGAGCUGAAGGAGCAGCUGGACGCCCCAAAGAUCAUCCAUCAGCUGCGACUUGACGAGAUCAAUGCCUCGGAGGAGGCCGUCGGGGGCCGCCUGCACUCCCUACUGGAGGACCUGCUGGCCCUGCAAACGGUGCUGCGAGAGGUGGACGUCCUCUCGGCUUUGGCCCGGCUGCUGCCCCAAGGAGCCUGUGCGUCUGCCGCUGCCCGAGGAGGAGCCUCCUUUGGCCCCACGGCCGCCAACGCCACCAGCCUUAGCGCCAACUUCUCCCUGGGGGCCAAUGCCAGCGUUAUUGAGGAGGAGGAGCAGGAGCAGGAGGGCAGGGAGCCCCCCACAGCAGAGGACCCCCGCGGACAGUACGCCGCCUUCGUCCAGCUCUGGGCCGGGCUGCAGCCCAUCCUCUGCGGAAACAACCGGACCAUUGAGCCGGAGGCCCUGAAGCAGGGCAACAUGAGUUCCCUGGGUUUCACCAGCAAAGAGCAGCGCAACCUGGGGCUCCUUGUCCACCUGAUGACCAGCAACCCCAAGAUCCUUUAUGCCCCCGUUGGCACCGAGGCGGACAGGGUCAUCCUCAAGGCCAACGAGACCUUUGCCUUCGUAGGCAACGUAACCUGCUUUGCCCAGGGGUGGCUCAACGUUUCGGCCCAGAUCCGUGGCUUUUUGGAAGAAGGCAAGCUUCAGGAACGGAUCCGGCGGCUGCGCGAGGUGGCGGCCGACCUCCAGAAGCACCCGGAGGCCCUGAACGCCUCGGACGGUGACCUCCUUCACCGCUUCCUGGAGAGCGACUUCUCUCUGCCCAACGCCAGCGCCCUCCUCUCCCAGCUGGACGCCAUUGACAACGCAGCCUGUGGCUGGGCCCAGUUCAUGGCCAAGGUCAGUGUGGACAUCUUCAAGGGCUUCCCUGAUGAGGAGAGCAUUGUCAACUACACCCUCAACCAAGCGUACCAAGACAACGUCACCGUCUUUGCUAGCGUGAUCUUCCAGACCCGGAAGGAUGGCAGCCUCCCUCCCCAUGUCAUGUACAAGAUCCGGCAGAACUCCAGCUUCACAGAGAAGACCAACGAGAUCCGGAGGGCCUACUGGCGGCCCGGGCCCAACACCGGUGGCCGGUUCUACUUCCUGUACGGCUUUGUGUGGAUCCAAGACAUGAUGGAGCGUGCUAUUAUCAACACCUUCGUUGGUCACGACGUUGUCGAACCCGGGAACUACGUGCAAAUGUUUCCGUAUCCGUGUUACACGCGAGAUGACUUCCUGUUUGUGAUCGAGCACAUGAUGCCCCUCUGCAUGGUCAUCUCCUGGGUCUAUUCGGUGGCCAUGAUGAUCCAGCACAUCGUGGCGGAGAAGGAGCACCGUCUGAAGGAGGUGAUGAAGAUGAUGGGGCUCAACAAUGCCGUCCACUGGGUGGCCUGGUUCAUCACUGGCUUUGUCCAGCUGUCCAUCUCAGUUACGGCGCUGACUGCCAUCUUGAAGUAUGGCAAGGUCCUCAUGCACAGCGACGUCUUCAUCAUCUGGCUCUUCCUGGCCAUUUAUGCUGUGGCCACCAUCAUGUUCUGCUUCCUCAUCUCGGUGCUCUACUCCAAAGCCAAGCUGGCCUCAGCGUGUGGCGGCAUCAUCUACUUCCUGAGCUACGUCCCUUAUAUGUACGUCGCCAUCCGCGAAGAAGUGGCCCACGACAAGAUCACUGCCUUUGAGAAGUGCAUCGCAUCGCUGAUGUCCACCACAGCCUUUGGCCUGGGCGCCAAGUACUUUGCCCUCUAUGAAGUGGCUGGCGUGGGCAUCCAGUGGCGCACCUUCAGCCAGUCACCGGUGGAAGGGGAUGACUUCAACCUCCUGCUCUCCAUGAUGAUGCUGGGCAUCGACGCCGCUGUCUACGGGGUCCUUACUUGGUACAUUGAGGCCGUGCACCCAGGCAUGUAUGGCCUGCCCCGGCCCUGGUACUUCCCGCUGCAGAAGUCCUAUUGGCUUGGCAAUGGACGCAUCGAGACAUGGGAGUGGACGUGGCCCUGGUCAAGGGCCGCCCGGCUGAGUGUCAUGGAGGAGGACCAAGCCUGCGCCAUGGAGAGCCGCCGGAUGGAGGAGACCCGGGGCAUCGAGGAGGAGCCCACCCACCUCCCGCUGGUUGUCUGCAUUGACAAACUGACCAAGAUCUACAAGACAGACAAGAAGAUGGCCCUUAACAAGCUGAGCCUGAACCUCUAUGAGAACCAGGUGGUCUCCUUCUUGGGCCACAAUGGAGCCGGGAAGACCACCACCAUGUCCAUCUUGACGGGGCUUUUCCCUCCGACCUCGGGGUCGGCCACCAUUUAUGGCCACGACAUCCGGACUGAGAUGGAUGAGAUCCGGAAGAACCUGGGGAUGUGUCCACAGCACAACGUCCUCUUCGACAAGCUGACCGUGGACGAACACCUCUGGUUCUACUCUCAGCUGAAAGGCAUGGCCCAAGAGGAGCUCCGCAAGGAGAUGCACAAGAUGAUUGAGGACCUGGAGCUGACCCACAAGCGCCACUCCUUGGUGCAGACCUUGUCUGGAGGGAUGAAGAGGAAGCUGUCGGUAGCCAUCGCCUUCGUGGGGGGUUCCCGGGCCGUCAUCUUGGACGAACCCACGGCCGGAGUGGACCCUUAUGCCCGAAGGGCCAUCUGGGACCUUAUCCUCAAGUACAAGCCAGGACGGACCAUCCUCCUCUCAACGCACCACAUGGACGAGGCUGACCUCCUGGGCGACCGCAUCGCCAUCAUUUCCCAUGGGAAACUCAAGUGCUGCGGGUCCCCGCUCUUCCUGAAGGGCACUUAUGGGGACGGGUACAAGCUGACCCUGGUCAAGAAGCAGUCAGAGGCCCCGAGCAGCGCCGAGCCUCGCAGUCCUACCUGCUGCCCUCCAGCUGUCAGCCCUUGUUCCGAGGCCCGGGUCACACAGUUCGUCCAGCGGUUCGUGGCCUCCGGUCUCCUGGCCUCUGACACCAACACGGAGCUCUCCUAUGUCCUGCCCAGCGAGGCGGUCAAGAAGGGCUGCUUCGAGAGGCUCUUCCAGCACCUGGAACACAACCUUGAGGCCCUGGACCUGACAAGCUUCGGUCUGAUGGAUACCACCCUGGAAGAGGUCUUCCUCAAGGUCUCCGAAGAGGACCAGUCCCUCGAGGACAGCGACACUGACAUGAAGGAGUCCCCAAAAGAGUCCCUACGCUGCCUCUCUGGCCCAAAGGGGGGCUCCCCCCAGAGCCUCGAAAAGCCCGGACCAGAACCCUCCUCUUCCUCUUCCUCGUCUUCUUCCCCCCGUGGCGACGACGGCGGGCCUCAUCAUCAGCUCUAUGGGGAUUACUCUCCGUUGUUUGACCCUUUGCAGGACCCUGAAAGUGGCAGCCUCCAAGGGGCGGGGCCUGUGCAAGGGGGCGGGGCCUGGCGGCUGGAGGGCUUCCAGCUGGGCCUGCGCCAGUUCCACGGCCUGAUCGUCAAGCGCUUCCACUGCGCCAAGCGCAACACCAAAGCCCUCUCCUCCCAGAUCCUGCUCCCCGCCUUCUUCGUCUGUGUCGCCAUGACGGUCGCCCUCUCUGUCCCAGAGAUCGGGGACCUCCCGCCACUCAUCCUCUCACCCUCCCAGUACCACAACUACACGCAACCCAAGGGCAACUUCAUCCCUUUCGCCAACGAGGAGCGACGCGGAGACCGGCUGCACUUGUCUCCGGACGCGGGGCCCAAUGCACUGGUGGGGACCUUCCUGCUACCCUCCGGGGUCGGGGCCACCUGUGUCCUGAAGACGGCCUCCAAUGGCUCCUUGGAGCCCCUGCUCCAGGCCUGGAGCCUCAAUGGUGGUGGAAGCAGCAGCGGCAGCAGCAAUGCCUCCAAACUGCUGGCAGCCAAGUACUUUGAUGCCAUGUGCCUGGACUCCUUCACGCAGGGGCUGCCCCUCUCUAACUUUGUGCCCCCUCCUCCUUCCCCUGCCCCCUCUGAGGGGCCUUCCUCUGAGGACCACCCCUGGAGCCCCCCUCAGGAGCCCCCCACCGUCCCCAGCAGAGGGACAGCGACUUCUGAGCCCCCCUCCCUCCUCCGCGAACCCAUCCGCUGCAGCUGCUCCAUGCAGGGCACUGGCUUCUCCUGCCCCUCUGGCGUCGGUGGUCGCCCACCCCAAAGGAAGGUGGUCACCGGGGACAUCAUGGUGGACGUCUCGGGGCGCAACGUCUCAGAGUACCUGCUCUACACUUCUGACCGCUUCCGGCUCCACAGGUAUGGGGCACUGACCUUUGGCCACGUCCAGCGCGCAGUGCCCCCCUCCUUCGGGGCCAGGGCCCCUCCCUCGGUCCGGAAGGUGGCUGUCCGGAGAGCCGCCCAGGCCCACUACAACAACAAGGGCUACCACAGCAUGCCCACCUUUCUCAACGCCCUCAACAAUGCCAUCCUCCGUGCAAACCUCCCCAAGAGCCGGGGGAACCCCGCUGCCUACGGCAUCACCUUGACCAAUCACCCCAUGAACAAGACUAGCGCCAGCCUCUCCCUGGAUUACCUGUUGCAGGGGACGGACGUAGUCAUUGCUAUCUUCAUCAUCGUGGCCAUGUCCUUCGUCCCAGCCAGCUUCGUGGUCUUCCUUGUGGCUGAGAAGUCCACCAAGGCCAAGCACCUCCAGUUCGUCAGUGGCUGCGACCCAGUCAUCUACUGGCUGGCCAACUACGUCUGGGACAUGUUGAAUUACCUUGUUCCGGCCACCUGUUGCAUCAUCAUCCUCUUCGUUUUUGACCUUCCGGCCUACACUUCGCCCAAAAACUUCCCAGCCGUCCUCUCCCUCUUCCUGCUCUAUGGCUGGUCCAUCACCCCCAUCAUGUACCCGGCCUCCUUCUGGUUCGAGGUGCCCAGCUCAGCCUACGUCUUCCUCAUCGUCAUCAACCUCUUCAUUGGGAUCACGGCCACUGUGGCCACCUUCCUACUCCAGCUCUUUGAGCAUGACAAGGACCUGAAGGUGGUGAACAGCUACCUGAAGUCCUGCUUCCUGAUCUUCCCCAACUACAACUUGGGCCACGGACUGAUGGAGAUGGCCUACAACGAGUACAUCAAUGAGUAUUACGCCAAGAUCGGCCAGUUUGACAAGAUGAAGUCCCCCUUCGAGUGGGACAUCGUGACCCGGGGUCUGGUGGCCAUGACCAUUGAGGGCUUUGUGGGCUUCUUCCUCACUAUCAUGUGCCAGUACAACUUCCUCCGGAAACCCCAGCGGCUACCAGUGUCGACCAAAGCUAUCGAAGACGACGUGGACGUGGCCAAGGAGCGGCACAGAGUCCUGCGCGGGGAUGCCGACAACGACAUGCUCAAGAUCGAGAACCUCACCAAGGUCUACAAAUCCCGAAGGAUGGGCCGCAUCUUGGCGGUGGACCGGCUGUGUGUUGGGGUGCGGCCAGGAGAGUGCUUUGGUCUACUGGGGGUCAAUGGGGCCGGCAAGACCACCACCUUCAAGAUGCUGACCGGUGACGAAAGCACCACCGGCGGAGAGGCCUUCGUCAACGGACACAGCAUCUUGAGGGAUCUCCUCCAGGUCCAGCAGAGCCUGGGCUACUGUCCGCAGUUUGACGCCCUCUUUGAGGAGCUGACCGCCCGGGAGCACCUGGAGCUCUACACUCGCCUGCGUGGUGUCCCUUGGAAGGACCAGGAGAGGGUUGUGAAAUGGGCCCUGGAAAAGCUAGAACUGAGCAAAUAUGCAGACAAACCUGCCAGCACCUACAGCGGAGGAAACAAGAGGAAGCUCUCCACCGCGAUCGCCCUUAUUGGUUACCCAGCGUUCAUUUUCCUGGAUGAGCCCACGACUGGGAUGGACCCGAAGGCCAGGCGCUUCCUGUGGAACCUCAUCCUGGACAUCAUCAAAACAGGGCGCUCUGUGGUUCUAACAUCCCACAGCAUGGAGGAAUGUGAGGCACUCUGCACACGCCUUGCCAUCAUGGUCAACGGGCGACUGAAAUGCCUCGGCAGCAUCCAGCACCUGAAGAACAGGUUUGGAGAUGGCUACAUGAUCACCGUCCGCACCAAGACCAGCCUCAAUGUCAAGGAAGUGGUUCGAUUCUUCAACCGGAACUUCCCGGAAGCCAUCCUGAAGGAACGUCAUCACACCAAGGUUCAGUACCAGCUGAAGUCGGAGCAGAUCUCCUUGGCCCAAGUCUUCAGCAAAAUGGAGCAAGUUGUGGACGUCCUGGGCAUCGAGGACUAUUCCGUCAGCCAGACCACCCUGGACAACGUCUUUGUGAACUUUGCCAAGAAGCAGAGCGACAACCUGGAGCAGCAGGAGGCCACCCUCCGGGCAGAGUGUCCCUUGAUGGAGUCCCCGCUGCUGCAGCGGCUGCUGGCCCUCCUCCGGCCCCGGGCCCCGCCCACUGAGCUCCGCCCCCUGGUGGCCCCCCAGGAAGGAGGGGGAGGGGAGGAGGGGUCCCGGGGGCCAGACUCCCAGGAGGAGGAAGACGAGGAGGACGAAGACGAUGACGAUGACGAGGGGCUCAUCAGCUUCGAGGAAGAGCGGGCCCAGCUCUCCUUCAACACGGACACUUUCUGCUGAGGGGCCCUUCCCUCGAACCCAGAACCAUUGGACCCCAAAACCUCACUCCAGCAGCCCUUUGGGGUCCCCAUUACAGGGCCCUUUCGCCCUGAAGGAGGAGAAUGGGGAGGGGGCUAUGACUUUUUGGGGCAGUCAGUCCAGCGAGCCCUUCAAAAGGGGGGGGCGUGACCCCAGAAGUAGGCCAGGAGGCCAGCGCUCCCUGCAGGGUAGGCCUUGAUGUCCUGGGAAACUCCAAAAAUGGGGGUCCCUUCCACCAAGAAGCAUGACCGUGGCGGGCAGGAAGCACCGCACACCAGCAGGAGCUUGUUUUCUCCUUGUUUAUAUUUGGAGUCUCUAAGACAAUGGGGUCUCUCUGUCGCCUGAUUCGUGGAUGAUGGGAUAUCCCGUUUCGUGGAUGCAAUGUCUCCCUAUUUCGUGGACGAUGGGACCUCUCCUCUUUCAUGGCUGAUGGGAUGCCUCUUAUUUCGUGGAUAACGAGCUGUCCCUUAUUUCAUCGGCAUUGGAAUGUCGCUUAUUUUCUGGAUGAUGGGAUGUCUCUUUUUUCGUGGAUUAUGGGAUAUUUCAUAUUCUUUGGAUGAUGGGCUGUCGCCUUUUCCAUGGAUGAGAUGUCGCCUGUUUUGUGGAUAACAGGGUGUCUCCUGUUCUUUGGAUGAUACGUUUCAUACUUUGUGGAUGAUGGGAUGUCGCCUAUUUCGUGGAUGAUGGGGUGUCUCACGUUCCAUGGAUGAUAUGUUUGAUACUUUGUGGAUGAUGGGAUGUCUCCUGUUACGUGGAUGAUACGUUUCAUACUUUGUGGAUGAUGGGAUGUCGCCUAUUUCGUGGAUGAUGGGGUGUCUCACGUUCCAUGGAUGAUAUGUUUGAUACUUUGUGGAUGAUGGGAUGUCUCCUGUUACGUGGAUGAUACGUUUCAUACUUUGUGGAUGAUGGGAUGUCGCCUAUUUCGUGGAUGAUGGGGUAUCUCAUGUUCCGUGGAUGAUAUGUUUCAUACUUUGUGGAUGAUGGAAUGUUACCUAUUUCGUGGAUGAUGGGAUGUCUCAUGUUCCAUAGGUGAUAUGUUUCAUAUUUUGUGGAUGAUGGGAUGUCACCUAUUUCGUGGAUGAUGGGGUGUCUCAUAUUCCAUGGAUGAAAUGUUUCAUACUUUGUGGAUGAUGUGAUGUUGCCUAUUUCAUGGAUGAUAGGAUGUCACCUGCUUCUUGGAUGAUGGGGUGUCUCCUGUUGCGUGGAUGGUACAUUUCAUACUUUGUGGAUGAUGGGAUGUCACCUAUUUCAUGGAUAGAAUGUUGCCUAUUUCAUGGACGAUGGACUGUCUCAUAUUGUGUGGAUGAUGGGAUGUCUAUUUAUUUUCCUGGAUGACGGGAUGUCAAAUAUUCUGUCUUAUGUUUUGUGGAUGGUACUUCAAAUUUUUUGUCAAUGAUGGGAUACGUCUUAUUUUGUGGAUGAUGGGGUGUCUCAUGAUUUGUGGAUGAUGGGAUGAUGUAGUGGGGGCCCAGGCCCAAAUGCAAAUGAAGGGAGUUUUAACCUCGAUUAUUAUCUUAUUGUUAUUAUUAUUAUUAUUAUUAAUACUAGAACUCCCAGUAUCCCUGAUCCAGCAAUUUAGUACAUCUAAUUCAAUUUAAUUUAGAUGCGGCUUCCCAUCUUCCUUCCAAAAAAAACCCUGUACCCACUUUGUGCCAAAAGGGGGCUGCUUCCCGCAGAAUCACACUCCCAUCAUCCCUGGAUAAUAGUGAAGAAUGAUGGGAAUUGAAGUCCUGAAAUAUCUGGAAUGCUGCAUAGCUCCUACCUUUGCUUUGGAAAUGUUUCUCUCCCUUCUUUUCUUUUCUUUUCUUUUUUUUGGAGACUACAAAUCCCAUCAUGGCACAGGAUUAUGGGAACUGUAGUCCAAAAAGGAGAUGAAUAAGAUGGCCAGUUGCUUUCCUUGGGGUCUUUUUAUGAUGAUGGUGAUGAUGAUUCAACGAGAUGAUGUGCUUUUCUGAUUAUUUUUAAUUUAUAAGUUUAUUAUUAUUGUUGUUAUUGUUAUUAUUAUUUCCAUUUGCAAUAUUGUGGAUUGAUUUCAUUUUAUUCUUUCCGGUUGCAUCCCAUAUCGGAGACAGCCUGUAUAUCGCUUGCAAAAAAAAAGAAGAAAGAGAAAAUAACUGUGAAUAUAAUAAUAAUUAUUGUUUUAAUAAAAAAAUGUCAUAACCA